GUUUCCGAGACUCCGCCUUCCCAAAAUGGCGGCACCUCAUCUGUGGAGAACCGGCCGGGCGAAGAGUCACCCAUGAGGCGAUUUCCUCGCCGGCCUCCUUCUCCUUUCGCCCUUAGGCCGAGCGCGGGAGGAGGAUGCUGCCGGCUCUGGCCGCUCAGCGGAAGGGAUGGCGGUGCUUUUACCAGCUGCGGCUGCUGCUGCGGCGGCGGGGAGGCCUUUGCCCGCCGGUCUGUCCCGGCUGGCAAGUUCCCAUUAAACCUGGGAGACUCCUGGCCAUUCUGCCAGGUAGGUCUCUCCCUCAUCCCGCCAGUCAAGUCAGAGCUUAUUCCUCCAACGAUCAGAAGAACAGCACAAGAACUCCAGAUGCCAGUUCUUCAGGCUCAGAAGGCAGUGCGCAGAAAACAGCGUCCGCCCGAGACACUAUCAAUCAGAUUCCUUUCCCACAGCAACCAAUUCAAGUAAAAGUGAAAGCUGUGCUUAAAAAAAGAGAAUAUGGACCAAAGUACACAAAGAAUAACUUCAUCACUGGCGUGAGAGCAAUCAGUGAAUUUUGCCUUAAGUCCAGUGAUCUUGACCAACUUAGGAAAAUCAAACGACGAAGCCCACAUGACGAUACCGAAGCUUUCACUGUGUUUUUGAGAUCAGAAGUGGAAGCUAAGUCUAUAGAAGUCUGGGGAAGCCCCGAAGCUCUUGCUCGAGAGAGAAAAAGGCGCAUAGAAGCCGAAAGGGAAUACAUGGAAAAAUUAUUUAGAAGCCAGAAGUUGUUGAGAGAAUACCGAACUUUCCAAGGAGAAACUAAGCCACGUUCCCGUGCAUCAGCUAUAUUUCUGAGCGGUCCAGGAAAAGUGGUGAUGGUCGCUAUUUGCAUAAACGGCUUGAAUUUUUUCUUCAAGCUCCUUGCCUGGGUGUACACGGGUUCUGCCAGCAUGUUCUCUGAAGCCAUACAUUCCUUAGCAGAUACUUGCAAUCAAGCCUUGCUCGCGUUGGGGAUCAGCCAGUCGGUGAGGAUACCUGAUCAAAGCCAUCCGUAUGGCUUCACAAACAUGCGCUACAUCGCAUCCCUGAUUAGCGGCGUUGGCAUUUUCAUGAUGGGGGCCGGUCUCUCGUGGUAUCACGGGAUUAUAGGGUUACUCAAUCCUCAGCCGAUGGAAUCCCUCCUUUGGGCUUACUGUAUUUUAGCAGGAUCUUUGGUCUCAGAAGGAGCUACUCUUCUGGUAGCCAUCAACGAAAUCCGAAGGAGCGCCCGAAGCAAAGGACUCACGUUCUACCAGUAUGUUAUUCAGGCUUGCGAUCCGAGCACAAAUGUUGUGUUGUUAGAAGACACGGCAGCAGUUCUUGGCGUGACGCUAGCUGCUACCUGUAUGGGGCUGACUUCUCUAACAGGUAACCCCUACUAUGACAGUUUGGGCUCCCUGGGCGUGGGAACUUUGUUGGGAGUUGUGUCGGCAUUCCUCAUCUACACUAACACAGAAGCUCUGCUGGGCAGAUCCAUCCAGCCCGACCGGCUUCAGAAGUUGACUGAGUUACUGGAAUGUGAUCCUGCCGUGCGAGCGAUCCAUGAUGUCAAAGCUACAGAUAUGGGAAUGAACAAAGUGAGGUUCAAAGCAGAAGUGGACUUCGAUGGGCGCGUGGUCACUCGGUACUACCUGGAAAAACAAGACAUUGAGCAACUCCUACAAGAGAUCCAGCAGGUGAAAACGCUAGAAGAUUUAGAGGCGUUUAUGCUUAAACACGGGGAAAACAUCAUUGACACUUUGGGAGCAGAAGUGGACCGACUGGAAAAAGACCUCAAGAAACUGAAUCCUGAAGUACGGCAUGUAGAUCUGGAAAUACUGUAGCCUUCACGGAAUCAACUUCUUCAGAUCUCUCUCUCUUUUUUUUUUUUGGAUCAGCUUCUUGGGAGGACAGGCCCCCGCGGAAACUUCGGAGAUCUCCAAACGUCAUUACCUUUUUAAGUUCCCUGAUUUUUCACGCCGAUCGGUUUGCAUCCAGAUCGGCGAUGGCUUUCUUUUGAACCGGCUACUUAGAGCUGCUUUUACUGCCUCUUAACGUGGAUCUGUAGAACAUUUGCAACUAGACACUUUAAAUAAGUUAUUUACAUGUCCGUUUGGCGGGCGGGAGGAAAAUGUACCCUAUAUAUUUUAUUGCCCUAUUUCAGAUAUUUUUAAUGUGGUUUGCAGAACCGUUGGAAGACUGCGUUUCUGCUAGAGUCAAUUUGAGGAAUUCUAGUUUUGUAGUCUUUUAUCUGCUAUUUCUUUUUCUUUUCUUUUCUUUUUUUCCUCCUUGUCUGAAUUUGGUGUCUGCAGCGUUGCCCACUCUUGUUCUCCCUCAGAUGGUUUGAGAUGCUCACUUCCAACCUCUGGCUCAGUGUUAGGAUCUUGGCAAAGUCUGUAGCUUUAAACCACAUGAUCUGGACAGAUUUUUGGAGAUUUCCCCCCCCCCGUAUAAACCAUGUACAUAAAAGCUGCAGGUUUUGGAAUUGU